CAGGCACAGCCUCACCAUGAGCGGCCGCAACACCUCGGAGCUACACAUCCUUUGUAGUGCGAGCCAGCUGUUCCUGCAGCCCCUCUGGGACCACCUGAGGACCUGGGAAGCCCUCAUUCAGUCGCCCUUCUUCCCGGCCAUCUUCUCCAUCAUCACAUACGUGGGCUUCUGCCUGCCCUUUGUGGUGCUGGACGUCCUGUGCCCCUGGGUGCCUGCGCUGCGGCGCUACAAGAUCCACCCCGACUUCUUGCCGACCACGCGGCAGCUGUUGCCCUGCCUGGGGCAGACGCUCUACCAGCACCUGAUAUUCGUGUUCCCUGUGACGCUGCUGCACUGGUCCCGCUGCCCGACCUUCCUGCCCCACGAAGCCCCCGAGCUGUUCCAGCUGGUGUGCCACGUCGUGUUCUGCCUACUGCUCUUCGACACCGAGUUCUUCGUGUGGCAUGUGCUGCACCACAAGGUGCCCUGGCUGUACCGGUCGUUCCACAAGAUGCACCACCAGAACUCGUCCUCGUUUGCGCUGGCCACGCAGUACAUGAGCAUCUGGGAACUGUUUUCCUUGGGCUUCUUUGACAUGAUGAACGUCACGCUGCUGGAGUGCCACCCGCUCACCGUCCUGGUCUUCCACGUGGUCAACAUGUGGCUGUCGGUGGAGGACCACUCGGGCUAUGACUUUCCCUGGUCCACGCACAGACUGGUACCUUUCGGGUGGUACGGGGGCGUGGCGCACCACGACUUGCAUCACUCUACGUUUAACUGCAACUUCGCCCCUUACUUCACACACUGGGACAAAAUAUUGGGAACUCUGCGGUCUGCUCACACCAAGUAAGCACGCACUCCUCCGGGUUUGGUGGUGUGGCUGCAGGAGUGAUGGGUGCCCUCAGACUCAGGACUGUCGUGCGUUUCACACUU